AUGACGGACUUCGUACCACUCNNNNAGAUCAACAAGUCGUUGUUGGCACUGAAGGAAUGUAUAAGGGCAUUGGAUCAGCAGGCUGAUCAUACUCCCUUCAGAGGCUCGAAGCUCACCCAGGUCCUCAAAGAUUCAUUCGUAGGCAGUAACUGCUCUACAGUGAUGAUAGCAAAUAUAUCGCCAUCAGCAGCAUGCGUGGAGCAUACCCUCAAUACGCUGCGCUACGCCUAUAGGGUGAGUUGUC